AUGGCAUGGGAUUUAACUUUAGAUUUUGAAUAUGUUGUAACUAAAAAGGCCCAACCUCGUAUGUGUUUUGGGACAACAUUAAAUCGCGAAGUUCUACCAACAAAAGGUCCUAAUUUGAGUCCAUUUAUGAGACGCAAUGCUGGUGAAAUAAGGCCGAAUUUAGGCCCUGGAGUCUAUGAAAAUGACCGUGAUGCAUUUUACGACUUGACACACAGGAUUUAUAGUAAAUUAUAUUUUGGACCAAAAUCGCCACGCUGGAAAGCAAAGCAUGAGUAUCAACCGCCACUGAAAGAGCCACCUCCUGCUGAGGAAAUGCAUAAAAACUGUGCACCAUUUAAUUCAACGUCGAAAAGAAAAGGAUUAUUCUCAGCAAAUGAUUAUCCAGCGGCCUGCGAUUACUAUCCCAUAUACAAGAAAAAGGAAAUGCAAUUUUCUUACUGUUUUAGUGGAAAAAAGACAUUGAAAUGUGCAGUAGAAAUUAAAUGUGUUCCAUAUAAUUUGGACGCAUGCGGAGUAUGUGGUUGUUCUUGUUCGGCUCAAGGAGAUUAUUGGCAGUUUGAAAAUCGCAUAUUUUUAUGCAGAAAACAUUAUGCAAGAUUAUUUAAACACUGCUUAUCCACUUUUCAAGGCGCGAAGUUGGCUCAAUUUAAGUCCAUUAGAGAUUGUUUCUUUGCACACGCUCAUAACAGCUGUAAAGCCGCUUUGAAGAUAAUGAAAAUUGAAGAAAUUGAGAAAAAGUUAAGAAAAGAAGCAUAUUUAGAUUUAUAUUUUCCACAACGUCGCUACUGCAACAAUUAA